GAUGCGAGAAAUGUGAAGUUCACACGUGCCGUAGGUGAUCCAUGUCCAUUGAUAGGACCAUUUGACUAUUGUAACAGCAUGGAUGUUGAUGGGUCUCCAAUAGAUUUACUGACGAUUACCCCUUUCCUGUGCUGCAAAGCUUGUUCAGACAGUAUUGGGUGCGAGCGAUGGGAAUAUGAUGCACCAACUCAAGGUUGCAAACUGAAAGACGGUCAAGUUACUCAAGCCAACAUAGAUUGUUUUGAUUACAAGCAAGUUGAAUCAGAAAGACGGGCAUUGGAACUGGAUGGAACCGUCAAUUCAUACGUCAUUGCCCCAGCACCGCUCUUCGACAUGACGGCGUUGACGACGUGUAUGUGGAUAAAAACCAAGGGCACCGGCACCCUAUUCUCUUACUCGGUACCUGACAACCCCGAUGAGCUCAGCGUUCGUAAUACAGUCAAUGUAGGUUUAACCAUCAAAGCGACGGUACGAUCGACCGGUGUGGCUCUAAACGAUGGCAUAUGGCACCAUGCAUGUCUCACCUGGCAGUCCCAGGGUGGUUUUUUUAAUUUUAUAGUUGACGGGACCAGCCGGAUGAGGGAUUGUGGGUACAAUGUAGAUGGGAAAAUCACUGGUAAUGGUCACCUCACCCUUGGACAACAACAGACCAUUUACAAAGGUGGUUUUAAGGCCUGGCAAGCGGUAGAAGGGCAAAUUAUGGAUUUUAAUUUCUGGUCAUCCGUCUUGGGCGUUGCUGAGAUGGCAGCGGGCUACUUGACAGGAUGUGGAAGCGAUUUUUAUGGAACGGAAUCAAACUGGCUUCAAUUAACAGUAGCUGACAAGUUCGGCGUCAUUGAUGUACCUUUGAGCUCCAACGACACUUGCUUGGCUUCAACUCGUUAA